AUUGUAAUCCACUAGUGAAUUUCUCAGCUUCUGCAAGUAGCCGACUGACGAGGCAAGAGGAGCGCAUCUUUCUUUCGCAUCUGCGUCUGCGUCUGUGUCUGCGCAACGGAGAAAGAAAGGAGGUCAAUGUUGUUAACCCCAUAAUUGCAUUUCAAACGCUGUGAAGAACGAGUACAAUCCUAACUUUCCCUAGCAAAUUCCCGUUUCAUUUGAAGUGGAUUUUAGCUGGGUUUUGUAGACACAUGAGUGCAGGAAGGCAAAGGACCCUUGGGGGUGGGGGACAGCAUAUAUUGGACUAUCUGAAGCGCAUGCAAGCUGAGAAUCCUGCUUUCUAUUAUGCAAUUCAGGGUGAUAAUGAAAACACUGGUGGAAAUAUAUUUUGGGCAGAUGCAACAGCCAGGAUAAAUUAUACUUACUUUGGGGAUAUGGUAAUGUUUGACACAACAUACAGGACAAAUCGCUACCGGGUACCUUUUGCUUCAUUUACGGGACUAAAUCAUCAUGGGCAGCCCGUGUUGUUUGGAUGUGCUCUAAUUCUGAAUGAGUCUGAGUCCUCCUUUGCUUGGCUGUUCCAGACUUGGCUUCAUGCAAUGUCUGGCCGUCAUCCUAUCUCUAUCACAACUGAUCCUGACCGGCUCAUACAGGUGGCUGUUUCACAAGUUUUUCCUGAAACUCGGCUUCGUUUCAAUAAGUGGGGCAUAUUUAGUGAAACCCAAAAGAAACUGACUCAUAUUUAUGAGUCGCAUCCUACUUUUGAAGCAGAGUUUAAGAAGUGUAUUAAUGAGACAGAGACAGUUGAUGAGUUUGAGUCAUUUUGGGCAUCACUUCUGGAAAGAUAUGUUGUCUUGGAUAAUGAAUGGCUUCAGUCUAUAUAUAAUGUUCGGCAGCAAUGGGUUCCUGUGUAUAUGCGAAAUACCUUCUUUGGGGAAUUAUCCAUGAUUGGUGUAAAUGGGGAUUUAAGUUCAUUCUUUGAAGGGCAUGUGAAUGCAUCAACCACUGUACAGAUGUUGAUUAAACAGUAUGAGAAAGCCAUAGCAAGUUGGCACGAAAAAGAACUAAAGGCAGACUAUGACACUAGCAACACCAUGCCAGUUCUUAGGACACCAUCUCCCAUGGAAAAACAAGCAGCUAAUCUCUAUACCAGAAGAAUAUUUAUGAAAUUCCAAGAGGAAUUGGUUGAGACCCUUGCCAAUCCUGCUACCAAAAUUGAAGACUUGGGUGCUCUUUCUACGUAUCGGGUGGCCAAAUUUGGGGAAGUACACAAAGCACACUCUGUUAAUUUCAAUUCUAGUGAGGUCAAAGCUGGUUGCAGCUGCCAAAUGUUCGAAUAUUCAGGAAUAAUUUGCAGGCACAUAUUAGCAGUUUUUAGAGCAAAAAAUGUUUUGACCCUUCCUCCUCAAUAUGUAUUAAAACGGUGGACAAGAAAUGCCAAAAGUGGAGCUGUGUUGGAGGAACAUGCUUCUGAAAUGCCAAAUAAUUCUCAAGACUCUUUAACAAUUAGGUAUAACAAUCUACGCCAAGAAGCAGUCAAAUAUGUAGAGGAAGGAGCAAAAUCUAUUCACAUUUAUCAUGUGGCAAUGGAAGCUUUACAAGAGGCCACAAAAAAGGUUGCUGCUUUGAAGAAUCAAGGUUUUGGCACACAGGAUGGCACUCUGAUGAAUGGAGGUAAUUCAGAGAUAAAUGCACCUGAAAACAUUCAAACAGCAUCAUAUCAAUCUGCGGAUGAGAAGAGAAAGAAAAUCCAUGAAUUGACAACCGAAUUGGAAAGCGUAAAUCAGCGAUGUGAAGUGUACCGAUCAAACCUGCUGGCUGUUUUAAGGGAUAUGGAGGAAGAGAAGUUGAAGCUUUCUGUCAAGGUUCAGAAUGCAAGGCUUAGUUUAAAAGAGUGAAAAGUAAUUUGAAAAGCAAUAUAGUGCAUCUCUAUGUUUCAAAUACUCACAGAAUAUUGGUAAUAGCUUCUUAGGAUUUAGGAAGGGAUUGAUAGAGAGACGCAGUUGUAAUAAGACAUCAGUUUCUGCAAAUGCGCAAGGACUUAGUAAAUGACAUGGAAGUUGAUUUGCAACAUUUUGUGUAGCAUCGUUAGGAAAAGUGAAACGAAAUAAAAAGCCCAUAUGAAGUGAAAGGAAAGGUGAACAAUGACUUGAUAAAUUCUAAAAGUUCGA